AUGCCACCUCUUGGGGUAGUAGCGCCGGCGCCACUGAAGCUAAAACAGUGCCACUUUUUAAUCAAGAACAAGAAGCCGUUGCCCUUCCCUUCCUUGCAGCCACAUUAUCAUCGUUGUCACUCAUCAUCUUUAGUUACUGCCAAUGCAAAUCCAAAUCCAAAUCCAAGUAUUCCAAACCGUGAUGAUCGGAAAAUCACAGUAACCAAAACAAGAGGAGGAGAUCAUGGACGUAUAAAACAUUCACGAUCAGAGGAGAUCGAUAUAAAUAUUGAUGGACCAUUCCUGAAUAGAUUUCUCAUUUCCAAACAAUGGGAUGCUUUUCAUCGCUUUUGUCGUCCUCAUACUAUAAUCGGCACUGUCGUAGGUAUAUUAUCGGUCUCUCUUCUUCCAUUGGAACAAAUUGGGGACUUGUCACCUGCAUUUUUUAUAGGAAUAUUGAAGGCAUUGGUUCCCUCUGUGCUAAUGAACAUAUAUGUGGUGGGAUUGAAUCAAGUGUUUGAUGUCGAAAUCGACAAGGUUAACAAACCUGAUCUCCCUCUAGCUUCAGGUGAAUUCUCCAUGGGAACUGGGAUAUCAAUCGUUUCCGCGGUUUUGCUGAUGAGUUUUGCUAUGGGAGUUAUGUUUAAGUCUCCACCUCUGUUCUCUGCCCUUGCCAUUGGCUUUUUUCUUGGAAGUGCUUAUUCAAUUGAGCUUCCACUGCUCAGGUGGAAGAGACAUGCAAUUCUCGCUGCUGCUUGCAUCCUAAUUGUGAGAGCUAUCGUCGUCCAGGUUGCCUUCUUUGUACACAUGCAGAAGUACGUUCUUGGUAGAGAAAUUGCAAUUACAAGACCAUUGGUAUUCGCGGUGGUUUUCAUGUGCAUAUUUACCUCUGUUAUUGCAUUGUUCAAGGAUAUACCUGACGUGGAUGGUGAUAGAGAUUUUGGAAUCCAAUCUUUCAGUGUCAGCCUUGGCCAAAAAAAGGUGUAUUGGAUUUGUGUAAAUAUGUUGUUACUGGCAUAUGGGGCAGCAGUCCUGAUAGGAGCCUCGUCUUCAUUCCUACCAAGCAAGCUUUUCACUAUAAUCAGUCAUGGUGCACUUGCUUCUCUUUUAUGGCUUCGAGCUCGAUCAACAGACACAGCCAAUAAAGCCUCCCUAACCUCUUUUUACAUGUUCAUUUGGAAGCUGUUUUACGCGGAAUAUCUGCUCAUUCCUUUUGUACGUUGA